GACACAGCAGAGAGAGAGAGAGAGAGAAAACACCUCCAGCUAAAAACGAAACUGCCUCUGGACUUCACAGAGGAGCAGUUCUGUGAGGUGAAAACAAGGAGAACUAGUUUUGUAACGGUCCUCAUGUAAAUAUAUAUAUAAAUAAUAGAAUAAUUUUUCAAGAUAACAGAAAUCCAGAUUCUGAAGCAAAGUGAGUCAUCAUGGYUUCAUCUUUGGCAUUAGCCCUGCUAGUUUUGGUCCUCCCAGGCCCCAGCAUGGCAUUUUCCCCAUUUGGAGGAGGAAUGUCCACCCAUGACAGCAUCACAAAAAAGGCUGUCAUGCAAAUAGUUACAGAGACRUGCCGGACGGUGGUUGAGAAAACUGGUGAUGAUUUCAGUCCCACUGGCCCAUCUCCACAGGAACUUGUCCAGGCCUGUUUAGGCUCCAGAGCAAAAGGAGAUGUGUCAGGUGCCAAAUUUCRUUCAGCUCUUCGAGAGAUUAAUGUCCAGAAUGGGCUGAUAGACCUUGACUUUGUCAACAGUGCUCCACAUCACUUCCACUCUGAAGCUUUCUUAGAGGGGCGUGGCCUAAUCAUGGAGGGCAUGUUGGCAAUUAAGGCUAACAUUCGAGAGGAGAAUUUCAAGCCUGCCAGGGAGACACUGGGGAGAAUCCUUCAUACAUUACAGGACUUCUACAGUCACAGUAACUGGGUGGAGCUGGGAUACACAGAGCCGUAUAUCAACCUCAUCCGGCCAGAUCUCCCUCUGGAAAACCUGGCAGAUGUGAACACGCCCACCUGCAGGGACUGCGCCAGUGAAACAUGCYCUAAUGCCAUCCUCCCCCAGAUCUUGCAGGAGAAAAAACUCACAUCAGGCUACAUGGGAGUCUACWCUUCUACAAAACCUGAAGGUAAGUGCAGUCAUGGAGGUGAAGAUGAUCUCACCAGCUCUGUCGUUCCUCGAGGAGGCAUCAGCAAAGACGAGCGCCGCUCAGACAAUGUGGCUCUACAUGAAGCUGCUGUAAAAACAGCYACAGCUGCCAGCCUCCAGCUGUUGGAGGACAUCCGCUCAGCUGCAGGGGACAAUGACUUUCUAAGGAUGAUGGGGAUUGCUCGCUCAUCUGUGGUGUGCUUUGUGAUUGACACCACAGGCAGUAUGUCAAACGACAUAGCAGACGCUAUAUCAGUGUCUAAUGAAAUCAUUGACAGCAAAAAGGGAACACAGGAUGAACCGUCAGAGUAUAUCCUUGUGCCUUUCAAUGACCCAGAUUUUGGACCACUGAUCAGGACCACWGACUCUGAAAAAAUGAAAACAGAACUGUCUAAGCUCAAAGCAAAUGGYGGUGGAGAUGAACCAGAGAUGUGCCUGUCAGGACUUCAGCUGGCUCUCACUGGUGCACCCUCCUCGUCUGAAAUCUUUGUUUUCACUGAUGCUACAGCUAAAGACAUCGCCUUGAAGGACACUAUUCUUGCUCUUAUAAGAAGCACCAAGUCAACGGUUUCAUUCUUUAUGACUGCAGCCUUUAAAAGGCGCCGUCGUUCUGUCUUGGCUGCUGCCUUUAGAGACUACCAGGAUAUAGCGUUGGCAUCUGGAGGUCAAGCCAUCCAGGUGUCCAAGGCCCAGCUGUCUAAGGCCACAGACAUUAUUCUUGACACGUCAACUUCUNAAAUCUUUGUUUUCACUGAUGCUACAGCUAAAGACAUCGCCUUGAAGGACACUAUUCUUGCUCUUAUAAGAAGCACCAAGUCAACGGUUUCAUUCUUUAUGACUGCAGCCUUUAAAAGGCGCCGUCGUUCUGUCUUGGCUGCUGCCUUUAGAGACUACCAGGAUAUAGCGUUGGCAUCUGGAGAUGUAAAUCCAUCAUUUGUCUUCUUUCAUCUUUCAAUCCAGGUGACARUACUUCAACGAGCAAGUAAUGGUGGUAGUGAAGAGACAUUYCCCUUCAURUUGGAUGAGUCACUAAAAAACAUCACCAUCUACAUCACUGGAAAAGGCAUAACUUUUACACUGACCAACCCUGCAGGCAUAAGCCAAAAUCAGAAUGAGGCCAGUGGUAAACUGGGCACUAUUAAGACAGUGGGCAACCUCUGGAGGAUUCGUCUGAACUCCGACAAGCAGUCAGGAAACUGGAAGAUCAACAUCAAAUCAACCGAGCUGUACACACUUAAAGUCACAGGCCAGAGCAUUAUUACCUUCAUUUAUGACUUUGUGAAAAAGUUCUCAGGAUCCCACCCAGGUUAUUCUGUAGUUACUGGACGUCCACAAACAGGUCAGCCUGUCACACUGAUGCUUUCAGUAAUUGGCAGAAAAGGUCCGUCUUCGGUGUCUGUUGAAGAGGUCGGCUUGGUAAUUGUUUCUGGUCCUGAGGCUGUAACCAAAGGGGUCGUCUCUGAUGUGGGAAACGGAGACAUCCUGGUCACUGUUGAUGCGGUUCCUGAGGGGGAGUUUGUAGUUGUUCUGAAAGGAACAGACAAAGUGUCCAACAGUGAAUUUCAAAGGCAGUCAACCACCCAGAUGUCCGUCUCCAAAGUCAAUAUUCAGGCUGUGGUGGGCAGCAGUGUUGAGCCUGGAAAAACCUUUCUGCUCCCCUUCAGUGUGAUGACCCAGGGUUCUGCUGGUACAUACACCAUCAGUGCCAGAAAUGAUAGAAACUUCCCCAUGAACUUCCCAGAAAGCCUCACCCUGACGACUGGAACAGCUGGUAAUCAGACACUGACCAUCACUCCACCUGCCAGCACACWAUCAGGCACUGAUGUCACUCUGACYAUUGAAGCCAAGUCAUCCARUGGUGCUGACUCCAAUUAUGCUGUUUUGAGAUUGUCUGUGGUCACCAAGAUCACAGACUUCUAUCAGCCCCAGUGUGAAGUGUUUGGAGUGCUGGCUGAUGACUGUCCUAAAGAUUUGUCCCAGUGUGGAUCUUUCCACUGGGAGCUCUCAGCUAACCUGACUGAUGGAAACGGCACUGGGAUAGAGAGCAUUUCUCUGCGUCAGGGCAACGGGACCCUUUCACACCCAUCACUGCCGGCUUCCUUCAUCCAAGCAAGCUACAAUGCUUCUUGCUGCUCACAGAUCGUUGAGUUUAUAGCUGUGGAUAAAGUUGGAAAUGUGGGCAAAUGUUAUCGUUCAAUUGUUCCUUCAGGAGGUUCUGUUGUUUCCAGUCUGUCACUGCCUCUGUGGYUCUGCCUGCUGGUGUCAGCUUUAGUAGGAAGACCUUGAGGGACUUUGGUUUGUUUUCACUGAAUCAUCUUUAUUUGGUUCAGGGUACUUGGUUCUUGGUCUUAAAAGAAARCUUUUAGCUGGA